AAACUACUCUGUUAUUUUGCAAUAUUUGUGGUUGACUAACGUAAUGCAAACACAAAAAGGAAAAAGUGGUCAUGAAGCCCCCGAUGUCUCCUCCUGGGUUUCUGUGUGUCCAAAAGGCCUCUGCAUGGUGGAACGAAGAAGAACACAGGAAAGUGGCCCCAAACUUCUUCCUAAAUCUGCAGACCAAUGUAUGAUACAAUUUGUUAAUGAACAAAAUGUUUUAUCCUCAUUUUUUAUUUGCUGUGUGUUAUAAACUUACUCUUACUCGUUUUUUUACAUUCUUUUUUCCCUUUAGCAUGUUCUGUUGAUUACUGCCCAAAGCUGGGCUCACUUUGCCAAGUCAGAGUGCAACUUCAAUCUAACGGUGAUGAAGCAGAGGAGUCGGUGUCUGAACAAAGGCUGGAUGAGUUGCCAGGCACCGAUUUGAAAGAAUUUGUGGACAAACCAUUUCUCAGAAACCAAGAUUCCCUUUUGCAGAUUCCGCUGGGUGAAUGGACGGUACUGAAGCUUGGGGAAGGUCAAUGUGACAUCAUAGAAUCAUGUUUGGAGGGAAUGAAGGCUGGAGAGACCUGUCAGAUCCAACUUACUCAUGUCAGGAGUGGGUCAGUCUCUGUUGACCAGCCUACUGAUGGAAAUCUUUCAGAAACCUUUUUAUGUGCCACUGUCAAGCUCAAAGCUUUCACACCAGGGAAGGAAUCCUGGGAAAUGCCUGUCAGUGAAAAAUGGCAAUGGGUAAAGUCACAUAAAGAGCGAGGAGGCGGAAGAUUCCGAAAUGGGGAUUUGUGGGGAGCUUCAGACAGCUACAGCCGAGCCCUCAAAUUGCUCAUUCCUCUAUAUGGCAUUAUUGGUGCGGCUGAGACAAACGGAAGUGAACUGGAGGAGGAGAAAGACACAAACACUGUGGAUGAAAUCCCUUCAGCUGAUGAAAUCAAGAUCAUCAAAGCAGAGCUUCACUCAAAUUUAGCUCUGUGCCAGCUGAAACUGAACCAGCCAAAGCUGGCAAAGGCCAGUGCUGCUAAAGCCACUCAGAUUGACCCUGGUGCUGCUAAAGCCUGGUAUCGUCUGGGACAGGCGUGUGAGGACUUGAAUGAGUUGGAGGAAGCCAAGAAGGCUUUUAAGAAACUACUGGAAGUACAACCAGACCUACCUGCUGCUCAGAAGGCUCUGAAAGGUGUAAUACGAAAGGAGAGGGAGAGGAAUGCACAGUUGGGUUUAAGACUCAGUAAAAUGUUCAGCUAAGGCUGCAAUUGUUUUUCUUGUCGUGAUUCACACUACCUUUUCAGGUUUUAUAUAAAAGCCUUGAAUUUGCCUUGUGAUGUGCCCAAAUGCCAUUAAAACAAUUGUUAGCACUUUUAUUUAGUGAUCGUUAGAUUUAAUCAUCGAUGUGUGUUUAAAAUACUGUAAAUUAAAAAAAAAAAAAAAAA